UGGUGAAGGCAAUCCUGGCACUGGCACUGGUAUUGACGAUGAUUAUAAUGAUGAUGCCACCAACCACCCAGCUACCAGUGCUGUUAAAAGGAGUAGAUUAGUAGUGGAAGGAGUGGAUGGCGGCCCUGGCACAAGCAGUCAAGAUGGAGGCUGCCUUCCAAGGAGUGAUGGCAACCAUGGGACUAGCGGCCAUGAUGACUACUCAUCAUAUUUAGCACUUGUGUCAACUCUUCCUGACGACUCCUCAGAUGACGAGGAAUUAAACAAGGCCAUUAUUGCCAGUAUGGAGUGUCCAAUUGCAGAAAAGGUCCCGAGUCAGGAGAUACUGCUGGAACUCUCAAGCAAAAUUAUUACAAAACGACAGUGCAGGUUCAAUAUAAAUCGCUCUGCUGUCUGGGAAGGAGCCAUGCGGGGUUUCCAAAGGGUAUCCUACGACCCAAACUUGAUGAUUUCUGUAAAGUUCUCAGAUGACAUGGGGAGAAAUGAGGAAGGGAUUGAUUUAGGAGGGCCAAGGAGGGAAUUCUUGAGGCUGCUGAUGGAGACCAUUGCCAGAUCCGCCAUGUUUGAGGGAAAAGAAAACAGCAAGAACUUCGCUCUUGACAGUACUGCUCUAAGAGAGGACCGGUACUACAACGCUGGCAGAGCCAUUGCAGUGAGUUUGGUGCAUGGUGGUCCACCACCAAACUUCCUGUCACCAACAGUGUUUUCGCUUCUUGUUGAUGGUUCAGCAAAUCCAGCUGUAGAAGACAUAGCUGACCCAGAACUCCUUGAGAAAGUCAAAAAGAUUCUGUGAAGGUCUGAAGACUCUUGGGGUUCUUGAAAAAAUCAGGAGACAUCCUGACAGCUUUAAGCCCCUGUUUUGCUAUGAGGCAAGUCUUCUCACUGCUGACCAGAUGGACAAUCUCUUCAGCAUUCCACUCUCUCCAGAAGGGAGCAACAAGAGAACUGCAG